AAUAUCUGGGGCUGAAAUCUCAACAUCAGUCCCUGGGACCCCAAGAUUUGGAGCCUGAACCCCAAGAAUUGGAAUAUGGACCCCAAGAUUUGGAGCCUGAACCUCAAGAUUUGGCAUCUAAAACCCCAAAUCUGGAGCUGAACUCUGAGUUCUGUGCCUGGGACCUUGAAAUCUGGGACUGGAUUCUCAUUUCUAUACCGUGCAACCCACUAUUUGGGACCCCAACCCUGAGACUUUAGGCCUCAGAUUCCAAGAUCUGAACCCUGGCAUUCCAAAGGGCCUAAACCGGAGUUUGGGCCUGAAGUCCUUGCUGCAAACCUGAAUACUGAAAUUUGGGGCAGAUCUUGACUCAGAGCCCCAGUAUCUGAACCCAGCACCCCAGUAUCGGAUCCCAAGACUGGGCUUGGGACUCAGAUCUUAAACUCUCCAUUUGACUGUUUAGCAUCCCAGGACUGGAGCUGGGAGACCAUGACUCCAAGCAACCCAAACUGGGGCCUGGGUCUCUAAAACUGGACCCUUAGAGGCCCAAUAUUUGGAGAUCUAGGACCCAAAGUAUCCAGGUCUAUCAAAGUAUCAAGGAUAUCAAAGUAUCAAGACUCCAUGGCCACAAAUCUGAGCUGAGACACAACAGACGGUCCCUCUACAGAGGCCUUGGGGACAGGGAAGGAAUGACCAGGCACCCCCUCCAGACCCCUGACCCCCUUGGAGCUUGAGGACUCUGCUCCCUGGGGUUGCUUCCAGUUCAGGCCGCCCCUGCCCGCGAUGGCCGUCCUCCCUCUGCUCCUCUGCCUGCUGCCGCUGGCCCCCGCCUCGUCUCCACCCCAGCCAGCCACACCCAGCCCGUGUCCCCGCCGCUGCCGCUGCCAGACACAGUCCCUGCCCCUAAGCGUGCUGUGCCCAGGGGCAGGUCUUCUGUUCGUUCCACCCUCGCUGGACCGCCGGGCGGCCGAGCUGCGCCUGGCGGACAACUUCAUCGCGACCGUGCGGCGCCGUGACCUGGCCAACAUGACGGGCCUGCUGCACCUGAGCUUGUCACGCAACACCAUCCGCCACGUGGCCGCCGGCGCCUUCGCUGACCUUCGCGCCCUGCGCGCUCUGCACCUGGACGGCAACCGGCUGACCUCGCUGGGUGAGGGGCAGCUGCGCGGCCUGGUCAACUUACGCCACCUCAUCCUGAGCAACAACCAGCUGGCAGCCCUGGCGGCUGGGGCCCUGGACGACUGCGCCGAGACACUUGAGGACCUCGACCUCUCCUACAACAACCUCGAACAGCUGCCCUGGGAGGCGUUGGGCCGCCUGGGCAACGUCAACACGUUGGGCCUUGACCACAACCUACUGGCUUCCGUGCCCGCCGGCGCCUUUUCCCGCCUGCACAAGCUGGCGCGGCUGGACAUGACCUCCAACCGCCUAACCACCAUCCCACCCGACCCACUCUUCUCUCGCCUGCCGCUGCUGGCUAGGCCCCGCGGCUCCCCCGCGUCCGCCCUGGUGCUGGCCUUCGGCGGGAACCCCCUGCACUGCAACUGCGAGCUGGUGUGGCUCCGGCGGCUGGCGCGGGAGGACGACCUCGAGGCCUGCGCCUCCCCGCCGGCCCUGGGUGGCCGCUACUUCUGGGCUGUGGGUGAGGAGGAGUUUGUGUGCGAGCCCCCCGUGGUGACACACCGUUCGCCGCCCCUGGCCGUGCCUGCCGGUCGGCCAGCCGCCCUGCGCUGCCGGGCAGUGGGCGACCCCGAGCCCCGUGUGCGCUGGGUGUCACCCCAGGGCCGGCUGCUGGGCAACUCGAGCCGAGCUCGCGCCUUCCCUAACGGGACGCUGGAGCUGCUGGUCACCGAGCCGGGCGAUGGCGGCAUCUUUACCUGCAUCGCGGCCAAUGCAGCUGGCGAGGCCACGGCUGCUGUGGAGCUGACCGUGGGCCCCCCGCCGCCCCCCCAGCUAGCCAACAGCACAAGCUGUGACCCCCCGCGGGACGGGGAUCCUGAUGCCCUCACCCCGCCCUCUGCCGCCUCAGUCUCUGCCUCCUCCAAGGCGGCUGACGCUGGGCCCCCUACCGACCGUGGCGUCCAGGUGACUGAGCAUGGGGCCACAGCUGCUCUAGUCCAGUGGCCAGAUCAGCGGCCUAUCCCAGGCAUCCGCAUGUACCAAAUCCAGUACAACAGCUCAGCCGACGACAUCCUCGCCUACAGGAUGAUCCCAGCCGACAGCAGCUCCUUCCUGUUGACGGACCUGGCAUCAGGCCGCACCUACGAUCUGUGUGUGCUAGCCGUGUACGAGGACGGCGCCACGGGGCUGACAGCCACACGGCCCGUGGGCUGCCACCGCUUCUCCACUGAGCCAGCGCUGCGGCCCUGUGGGGCCCCGCAUGCACCCUUCCUGGGCGGCACUAUGAUCAUCGCACUGGGUGGUGUUAUCGUGGCCUCGGUACUGGUCUUCAUCUUCGUGCUGCUCAUGCGCUACAAGGUGCACGGAGGCCAACCCCCGGGCAAGGCCAAGGCACCUGCGCCUGUCAGCAGCGUUUGCUCCCAGACCAAUGGCGCCCUGGGCCCCACGCUGGCCCCGCCGGCUCCUGAGCUGGCCGCACCCAGGGCCCACACCGUGGUCCAGCUGGACUGUGAGCCCUGGGGGCCCAGCCACGAACCCACGGGACCCUAGCUUCGCACCCACCUCUACGGCCCUUCUGGCCCCAGGGGUAGCAGGACCCAGACACCCCGUGGGACCUGACUUCAGACUCACCAAAUUGCUCACGGUUUUUAAAACUCUGAUGGGGAGGGUGUCGCGGGCACCGGGGCACAACAAGAAAGUCCUAUUUUUCUAAGCUUGGGC